AUGUUAUAAUUUUAAGAGUUAGCUAAGAUAUAAUUGACUGAUGACAAUCGAUUUAUUUAAACUCCCAAACUUUGUAAUGAAUAAGGUACCAAAUGGUUAAUUGGAUAUAAUCAUCUUAUUGAAAGUGAUGAGGAUUAUGAAAAGUUCAAGGAUGGAAUUAAUAAGGACCAAGCCUAAGAUUUAUUAUUAGAGGAUAUCAAUACUGCAAAAAUUGUACUUGAAAAUGAGUAUAAUGAAAAAUAUGGAGAAAAUAGCUUCCAAUAAUUAAAUAUAGGUUGCUAAUAUCUUCUUUUAUCUAUUCUGUUGAAUACAGGAAGAGUAUUGCAAUACUCUAGAUUGAUAAAGGAAUGCUAGGCUACGAGAUUUUAUCAAGCCUUAAAAUUGAAUGAAAGGAAACACAUUAGUGAUGAGAAUCAAAACAAUUUGUUAAAGGUUAAAUCCAUAGAGGAACAAAAAUUUUUUUAAGAAAAUUUUGAUCAAAAUGGAAAUCCAAAAAAAGAAGGUGUAUGGAAAUAUGAAAUACUUCAAACAAAUGAAGAAAAUCUAAUUUAUGAUACUGAGAAGCUUAAUGAUAGGUUUGCAACAUUAGAGUAGUACUCUAUAUUUGCUAUGAAUACUGAUUUAGAAUUUUGUAAUCGUAAGAGUCCAGAAUGGAUUACAUUUUUAAGAGAUUAGGAAGGAAAAAAGUAUAAUUUUGCCAGCUACAAUGAAGAAAAAAAAUUGUGGUUUCCUGUUAAUGUAAAAGAUCAAGAUUAUUAAAUAAUUGGAUAUUCUCAUAUAUGUAAACCCAAGGAAGUGUUAGCAUACAAAGACGGUUUAACAGAGGGAUAAGUUAACUAUCUGUUCUUAGCUGAUUAUGAUAAAAAUUUUUUAAAGUUAAGGAGAUUUUUUAAAUCUGAAUAUCCAAAUGUUGAUUUAGAUAGUCUUACUUCUUAAGCUUAAUUAUUAUUGAUAGACUUAUCUUUUAGAAACUGGCCAUUAACAUCUUAUAGAAAAUCCAUCGAACUUGCAAUUCAAAAUAGAAUAUAGGAGGCAAUAUGCGAGAGUCACAUAUAUUACAGGCCUGAUGAGUCAGUUAAUUCUCAUUAUUAUGUAAGAUAGGAUGAAAUUAAUAAUUUCCUUAAUUAAAUUUCAUCUACCUAUGUACUUUAAAAGAAUGUUUAAAAGAAUUUCCUUGAGGACCCUAAAUUGAAUAAUAUAGUAGGUGUUAAAAUUACUGAAAAUAAUUUUAGCUUCGUUCUUAAUGAAGAAGCUGAAACGAAGGUUUAGAUAUAGGAUUUGUUCACUUUUUUGAAGGUUUAUUAUGAUCCAGAAUUUGCAAAUUACCAAAUUGAUAUGUCAUUUACAUUAGACCCAGAAGAGAACGAUUAAGAAAUGAAUAGUCCUUUUUAAUAAAAAAUUUAUUUCCCAAAAUAUUUAGAAGGAACGCAUGUUGGAGAAGUUCUUUAAGAAGAUGAUUUUAUAUUAAAGCAAAUGAGUUUAGGAAUAGAAGUAUUGUCAAGAGAGCCAUUGUAGACUAGACCAUUUGAUUAUGGAAACCUAGAUCUAUAGCCUAUAUAUAAAUUAGAUCCAGAAUAUUUUGAUAGAAUAUUUAUUAAAAUUGGAAAAUUAAAGUUACACAUUAUAGAAGAUAAAAAUAAUAAUGUUAAUAAACUUGAGAUCGAGAACAUUUAAAUGGCUGUUGAUGCAAGAAUUGUUAAUGAAGAACUUUAGGAUGAGGAAAUUUAGGAUGAAAAUAAUGGAGCAUAUAGAUUUGCAAAUUAAUUUGGUAAAAUUUAUGAUUAAAUUGCACAAAAAUAUCCUAUCCUAGUAAGAUUAAAACAAGUUUUAAUGGCUAAUUAUCUAGCCAAAUAUAUGUUUGAAAAAGGGAUUUCAUUAGAUUAUAAAUUGAUUGAAGAAAUAUUCAAUAAGAAUCUCAUCCAAAAUUAUUAACCUUAUAAAAGUCCAACCUUAAAAUUAGAUGUAGAAGAUGAAUAGUAAAUUAUUUCUGUAAGAGGAGGAAUAGAUGGAAAUACGGAGGAAGUGAAUACUCAAUUAGAGGAGGAACAUAAAAAACUAGAGUAAAACCCAAAUUAACAAUCUGUUGAAAUAUAAUCAGAUAAAUUGGAUGCUAAAAUAGAGAGAUGCGAUAGCGUAGCAAGUUUUUCUACAUAGGAUUCAGAGAGUGAAAUAUAAUUAGAACCUGCAAUCUCGUGUGGUAAAUGUGGGUAGAAUUUAGAAUCAUGUGAAUUAAAUAAAAAAAAUAAAGAUAAAAAUUGCAAAAGUUGUCAAGGCUAAAAAUGUUCAAAGUGUUAAUCAUUCUUUGAUUGUCCUUUGUAGUAGAUUGAAAAAGAAAAUUAUUGUAAGGAAUGUAUAAAAUGCCAUGAAUGCAAUAGAUAAGAGCCAAGAAGGUCGGUAGGAUCAUUUUUUUAUCAUGAAGAUUGUUUAAAGAUAUCAAAAAAUUCAGCACUUAAAAAAGAAAUGAUUGCUUAUAUUAAGAAAUAUUUUGGAACAAAAAUAAAAAAAGGAGAUAAUAAUGAUAAACAGAUUUAUUUUUAAUCUGAAGCAUAUAGCAGUUUAAAUUUAAAAGAUUACAUAGGAUAUAUAAUUGGUUAUAAUCAUCCAAUUAUUAAAAGUAAAUUACAAAUUGAUCCAAAAACAUAUAAAAUAACAUAAGAUUAGGCUGAUAAAUUUUUAAUUCAAGACUUAGAUUCAUUAGAAAGAGAGUUAUAUGAUUUUUAUUAAAGACAAAAUAAAAAGCCAAAAGAUUAUACAGAAAACAUCAGAAUGCUCUUGCUAUUUGUUCUAUUCAUAUUUAAAGAUUUCCAAAGCGUUCUCAAUUUAGCUCAUCAAAAAGCUUAUAAUCAUCUAUACAUUGACAUAACUAAAUAUCAAUAUCCUAAAGAAGGUGUCAAACUUCUAAAAACUAGGGUUGAAUUGGCUUUAGAAUUCUUUAAUGAUCGCUUCCAUAGAGAAGAUGGAAGAAUUAGAAAAGAAGGUAUUCUCAAUUUUGUAAAGAAAGGUUUACCUACCUAUAAAAGAUGA